AUGAAGACAGAUUUUAAGUUCUCCAACCUUUUGGGGACGGUCUACCGCAAAGGAAACCUUCUCUUCACGCCCGACGGUACCUGCUUGCUCUCCCCAGUGGGCAACCGGGUCACAGUUUUUGAUCUUGUGAACAAUACAUCAUAUACCCUUCCAUUCGCGCAUCGCACGAAUAUCGAUCGUCUCGAUCUCUCGCCCCGCGGCAAUCUCUUACUUUCCGUCGACGAGAAUGGCCGUGCCAUUUUGACCAAUUUCUUGCGCAAAGUCGUCAUCCAUCAUUUCUCUUUCAAGGGCCGAGUUACCGCGCUUAAAUUUUCCACCUCGGGUCGUCAUUUCGCUGUUGGAGUGGGUAGACGCUUACAGAUCUGGCACACGCCUUCGACACCUGGAACCGAUAACAAUGGCGAGAUUGAAUUCGCACCUUUCGUCCUGUACCGUGAUCUUGCCGCCCAUUUCGAUGUCAUCCACAAUAUCGAAUGGUCUAGCGAUUCGCGCUUCCUUCUUACCGCAUCUAAGGAUCUCACAGCACGCAUUUGGAGUCUAGACCCGGAAGAAGGAUUUGAGCCUACCACUUUAGCAGGACAUCGUCAGGGUGUGAAGGCAGCUUAUUUCUCCGCUAACCAGGAAUCGAUUUAUACUGUCAGCCAAGAUGGAGCCCUUUUCCGGUGGGACUACGUGACCAAGAAAGACCCGGAUACCAUGGAGGAUAUCGCGGAUGCCCGUUGGCGAAUUGUAAAGAAGGAUUAUUUUAUGCAAAAUGAUGCCAAAGUCAACUGUGCUACAUUCCAUGCCCCUACCAAUCUCCUUGUUGUUGGUUUCUCCAACGGCUUGUUUGGACUUUAUGACCUGCCGGAGUUUAACCCAAUUCAUCAGCUCAGCGUCUCUCAGAGCAACAUUGACUACGUGACAGUAAACAAGUCUGGUGAGUGGCUAGCAUUCGGCUCGUCAAAGCAUGGCCAGCUCCUCGUGUGGGAAUGGCAGUCGGAAUCCUAUAUCCUCAAGCAACAGGGUCACUUGGAUUCGAUGAAUGCUCUCGUUUAUUCGCCUGACGGGCAGAAGGUUGUCACCGCUGCCGAUGACGGCAAAGUGAAAGUCUGGGAUGUCAAGUCCGGCUUUUGCAUAGUCACUUUUACGGAGCACACAAGUGGAGUCACUGCGUGCCAGUUUGCCAAGAAGGGAAGUGUAUUGUUCACAGCAUCAUUGGAUGGUUCCGUAAGAGCAUGGGAUCUCAUCCGUUACCGCAACUUUCGUACCUUUACUGCGCCAUCUCGAAUGUCUUUCUCUUCGCUUGCGGUUGAUCCUAGCGGUGAAGUUGUUUGUGCUGGAUCACCAGAUUCCUUCGAUAUUCAUGUAUGGUCAGUACAAACGGGACAACUGCUCGACCAGCUUUCGGGUCAUGAGGGACCAGUUUCAUCGCUCGCUUUCGCUGCCGAUGGCAACCAUCUCGUCAGCGGCAGCUGGGACCGCACCGUCCGUGUGUGGAGCAUCUUCGGCCGCACGCAGACAAGCGAACCUUUGCAGCUUAUGUCUGACAUCCUAGAUGUGGCAUUCCGACCUGACGGAAAGCAAGUUGCCGCAUCUACCUUGGACGGCCAGUUGACCUUCUGGUCUGUGGAGAAUGCUGUCCAAGAGAGCGGAAUCGAUGGUCGCCGUGAUGUCUCCGGAGGCCGCAAGAUGGGUGAUCGUAUCACUGCCGCAAAUUCGGCGGCUACGAAGUCUUUCAAUUGUAUCACAUACAGCGCAGACGGCUCCUGUGUCUUGGCGGCAGGCAACAGCAAGCACAUUUGCCUGUAUGAAGUGAGAACGGGUACGCUACUCAAGAAGUACACAGUCUCCGUCAAUACUUCUCUUGAUGGCACUCAGGAGUUCUUGAACAGCCGGGAUCUGACAGAAGCCGGCCCUCGUGGUCUCAUUGACGAGACUGGCGAAGCAUCGGAUCUGGAAGAUCGUAUUGAUCGAAGCCUUCCCGGUGCAAAACGUGGUGAUGCUGGGGCUCGGAAAACUCGACCUGAAGUUCGUGUCACCUCGGUUGACUUCUCCCCAACCGGACGUGCGUUCUGUGCAGCUUCAACGGAAGGUCUCCUCAUUUACAGUCUCGACACAGAAUUUGUCUUCGACCCAUUUGAUCUUGAUAUCUCUAUCACGCCGUCCAGCAUCCUUGCCACUCUUGAGGCUGCCAAGAAAGCGCAUUCAACUGGUGCUAUAGAUGAUGACAACACUUUUUUGAAAGCAUUGGUCAUGGCUUUCCGUCUGAACGAAUCCAAGCUCAUCCGUGCUGUGUAUGAAGCCAUUCCUCCCUCGGAGAUUCCUCUUGUAGUUCGCGCUCUGCCAACUGUUUACCUUCCUCGUUUCCUUCGAUUCGUGGCCAAGGCUGCCGAUGAGACCCCUCAUCUGGAAUUCAACCUGCGGUGGAUUGAGUCUCUGCUGAGUAUCCAUGGUCGGUACUUUAAGGACAACUCUGGCACUCUCGCCACGGAAUUGCGUGCCGUACAUCGGGCCAUCGAUGACAUUCGGGAUAAUCUGAAGAAGAUGGUGGAAAAGAAUCUGUACGAUCUCAACUACCUCCUCUCCACACCAGUUCUUACCGACAAGAAGAGCGCUGCGCCAAAGACCAUUCAAGACUUGAAUGCUGUGAUCACGAAUGAUGUUGAUGAGCAUAUGGUUGAUGGAGAUGAGGGUGAUGGAGAAGGGGAAUGGGUUGGCCUCGAAUGA